CUUAAGUAGUCACGUGCGAGCCUCGUGAUGGGCGUGAACGCGACGCGCCCUUAAGCUUUGAGCGCUGAGCACUGAGGAGAUUGCUGCAAAGCUUGCAUCCUACCACCAUGGCUGAUCUCCCCUCCCUCCUCCUGGCCUCCCUUUCUCCUGGAACCCGCAGACAGGCGGAACAAAACCUUCAGACUCUUAGUUUGCAGCCAGGCUUCCUACCACAGCUUCUUCGACUCGUAUUAGAUGCAUCUCAAGAUCGCUCCGUUCGCUUAGCCGGGAGCGUGUACUUGAAAAAUACUGUGAAAUCGAGAUGGGAAGAUGAAGAAAGUGCAGUGGCCGAAGCAGACAAGGUCACUCUGCGGCGGGACCUGAUCCCAGCUAUGAUGACCCUUUCAGGUCUAUCAGACAAGGCGGUCAGAGCACAGAUUGCAGAAACCAUCUCUUCAAUUGCUGUGACAGACUUCCCGGAAAAAUGGCCCGACCUCAUUGACAAUCUUGUUGCAUCCCUCUCGGAGAGCAAUUUCUCUGUCAAUGUUGGUGUUCUCCAAACCGCUCACUCAAUAUUCCGUCCAUGGCGAGCCGCAACAAGGUCGGAUUCUCUUUUCACCGUGAUCAAUUUUGUUCUCUCGCGUUUUGGAAAGCCGUUCCUUCAACUAUUUCAAUAUACCGCUGGCGUCCUGCUCAGCCGAUCAGCGCAAGUUGCGUCAAAAUCAGACUUGGAGUUCGCUGCUCAAACCCAGGUCCUCCUUGUUGAAAUCUACUACGAUCUUACAUGUCAAGAUCUUCCUCCAGAUUUCGAAGACACACAAAAUCAGUUCUUCGGUGCCCCGAGUGGUCUAUUCCUGCAAUUCCUUGAUUGGGAUCCUUCCGAGCUGCGCGGUGAUCCCGAUGACAUAAGUCCUUCCCUUCCAUCUCAAGUUAAGACACAUAUUCUCGAGAUCGCGGAGUUGUAUGUAAAACUGUACCCCGAAACACUACAGGGCUCUGGUGCUGUAGAGGCACUUGUACGCAAGGUCUGGGAAUUGAUCGGGAGUGGUAAACUGCCCGGUCUCGCUGACGAUGGCCUCGUGUCACAAGCUUUGAGGUUCCUCUCAACGGCCAUUCGUUCAGGCUAUUACAAGGAUAUCUUCGGCUCAAGAGACACCAUCUCUAGUCUCGUACAAGGCGUCGUAGUGCCAAACAUCGGCCUCCGAGAACACGAAAUCGAACAAUUCGAAGAUGAUCCUCUUGAAUAUAUCCGACUCGAUCUGUCACUGCCAGCUUCCUCCGGUGGACUGGGUCUCGGCUCUCAUGACGUUGUCACUCGUCGACAAGCUGCCGCCGAUGUUCUGCGAGCUCUGGUGGGUUCAGGGCUUGAAACCGAAACUACGGAGGUUGCAGGCGCUUGGAUCGCACAAGGUUUGAGAGAAUAUAAUGAAAAUAGGACGAAGGAGGAUAGUUGGAAAGCGAAGGAUACUGCAAUUUAUCUGUUGACUGCUGUUGCUACCAGGGGGAGCACAACACAGCACGGUGUGACCUCGACAAAUGCUCUUGUCGAUAUUGUUCAAUUCUUCUCGGAACAUAUCUUUCAGGACCUUGAAGCAGAUCCUGGUAGUGUUCAUCCGGUUCUACAAGUCGAUGCUAUCCGAUUCUUGUACACUUUCAGGACACAACUAACGAAACCUCAACUACUUUCUGUACUUCCUCACCUCGUUCGACACCUUGGUUCGAACAAUUAUGUCUGCUACACAUAUGCUGCUAUCAGUAUCGAACGAAUUCUCUUCAUUAGACAAGGGACUCAGCUUCUAUUUGCACAGGCGGAUAUUCACGAAAUUGCCCCUCACAUUAUCCAUGCCCUUCUGCUCAAAAUUGAGCAAGCACAGUCCCCGGAGAAGGUCGCCGAAAACGACUAUCUCAUGAAGUGCGUGAUGCGAGUCAUCAUUACCGCUCGGUCAACACUCGUGCCCGACUACGAAAAGAUUCUUCAAAGGCUUGUGCGCAUACUGGGCAUCAUAUCGAGCAAUCCAAGCAAUCCAAAUUUCGACCAGUACAUAUUUGAGAGUAUCUCUGCCUUGAUGAGAUUCGUUGUGACUUCUAAUCCGGCCACUCUGCCCAUCUUCGAGCAAGCAUUGUUCGGACCAGCGACAAUCAUCCUUCAACAAGAUAUUGAUCAGUAUAUCCCCUAUGUCUUCCAACUCCUCGCCCAGAUGUUGGAGCUACAUACCACCGAUGUCCCGGUUGCAUAUCGUGACCUGCUUCAGUUCCUGCUCACGCCGGCAAGUUGGCAACAAAAGGGCAGUAUCCCGGGUCUCGUCAAGCUUUUGAAAGCAUUCUUAGCGCGCGAUUCAGCUCAUAUGGUGUCUACCGGACAAUUCACCGCUGUGCUGGCUGUCGUGCAGCAGCGGCUGAUACCGUCAAAGAUCAAUGACGUAUGGGGCUUCCAACUGUUGCAAUCAGUUAUGCAAAACAUUCCUCCUACCCAGCUCAAGCAAUACUUCCGUGCCAUCAUUGUGGCACUGCUGACUCGCUUGCAAACCAGCAAGACGGACAGCUAUGUCUACCACUUCGUACACUUCCUCUUGUUCAGUAUGGCAAUCAACGUCGAGGGCCUCACGCCUGAUUUUGUGAUCAGCGCGGUGGAGGAAAUUCAGCCGCAACUCUGGUCGCAGAUUCUCACGAAUUUCGUGAUUCCUCAGACACCCAAGAUGUCGCCAAAGGAUAGGAAAGUUGCUGCAAUCGGUUUGACUCGCAUGCUCACUCAAAGUGAGGUCAUACUGAGAGAACCUAGUAUGAAAACAUGGUACAUCAUUUUGGCAACUCUUCACAUAUCUUUGUCACUGACAAUUGACUGGGUGCAGGCCGUUGGCAUUCGAUACAUUGGCGAAAUUGUUCUCCGAACCUCAGCAUUUGACCUCGAAGGAAGGCGAGGCAGACCAGGAUGCCGGUCUCACAAUGAUCGACUACGAGGAACAGACUGCGGGUUAUCAGGCUGCCUACUCGCGUCUUGCUGCAUCGGAAACAGUCGAAGCCGACCCAGUCGCUUUUGUACGCGAUCCUCGCGAAUAUCUUGGGCAACAGCUGAAGCAACUGCAGAAGUCGAAGCCGCAGAUCAAGUCACUAUUGACUGCAGUAGACCCGAGUUCCCUGCCCUUCGUUCAGUCUUUGGUUGCAGCUGGCUAUAUUGCUUGAAGUUUCCACAAGGUUAAGUAGCUUAGGGAGAGCUGGGCCGUUAGGGGGGCAAGGAGCUCACAUGCAACUCAGUCGUAGAUAGUUCACUCACCACACACAAGCUCAUACACACUUUUUGUACACAAUGCAAUCCAUUCGAAACAAACCUAUAUAACCUCUAAGCUAACUGGAUCUAAUUACAAUAAAAACGCUUCCUAUGCGCUCCAAAAACAAACCAUUCCAAUGCGA